UUAAACUGUCAAUUUUCACGUGUUUACGGCUACGACCAGAAUUUAAUAUAUUUAUCUGCAUUUCUUUAACACAUUUUAAUUAAAUAAUAUAAAAAUGGUAAAAGUCAAGAGUGAACCGAUUGAUCAGGAUGCCUCUGUGGUUUCCGUAGCAAAUGUGUCGGUUAAAGAGGAGGAUAGUUAUGACGAUAAACUGAAAUAUGUGAACAGUAUUUCACAGCCAAUGGCCUCACGUAAAAUGGCCAAAAAGUGCUAUAAACUCAUUAAAAAGGCGAUGAAACAUAAAACCUUCCUACGUAAUGGCCUAAAAGAUGUACAAACACGUUUGCGUAAAGGUGAAACCGGCAUCUGCAUUUUUGCUGGCGACGUAACACCCAUUGAUAUUAUGUGCCAUUUGCCCGCCGUCUGCGAAGAGAAGGGCAUUCCUUACGCUUAUACACCCAGUCGCGCCGAUUUAGGUGCUGCUAUGGGUGUAAAACGUGGCACAGUGGCGUUGUUGGUGCGCGAACAUCAAGACUACAAAGAUUUGUACGACGAGCUGAAGGAGGACUUCUCUGGCUUAAAUGUACCUGUUUGAGCGUUUAGAGGCAAUGUGCAUUGUUUUGUCCUCUCAAUGAUGCGCAAACGUAGUUUAAGAGAUUUCUUACGCCUUUAUAAUGAUAAGUUUAAUAAAAAUAAGAGAAUAUACAAAAAA